AUGGAGAAAGCUCUAUUCAGUCCUACUGACGAGGAGAUCCUCGACCCUUACGCCAGGCUCAAAAAUCUCGGUGGUGACACGAGCCAUGUCGAUAAAGUCAUUAGCACAGUAGAUAUCUAUAGCCUCGAACCCUGGGAGUUACCUCGCCACUCGAGGUGGGAAUCGAAAGACCAGUUUUGGUAUUUCUUCUGUCUGAAGGAGAACAAGUAUAACAGAGGCGAGAGACAGAACAGAAAAACCAAGUCUGGUUUUUGGAAGAAAACCGGUGAGACAAUGGAUAUCUCGCGCAAGAGAGGAGGAGAUCGGGAGAAGAUUGGUGAGAAAAGGGUUUUGGUGUUUCACUUUAACGAUUCCAAAUCUAAAUCUGAUUGGGUUAUGCAUGAAUACAUCGCUACCUUCUUGCCUUCUACUCAGGUCACAUAUACAGUGUGUAUGGUAAAAUUUAAGGGUGACGCCAGUGAUUUGCCUUCUUCUGAUGUCAUCACUCAUAUGAACAACUCUGGUGGAUCUGAGGGAUUACAGAACCCACGUCAUUUUACUGGCUUGCUUGAUGAGGAGACAGAAACUCAGAUCGAUGAUGCAAUUCGCAGAGCCAUAUUCGUCAAUGUUUCAACUCCUGAGUUUAACAGUCUUCUCAAUUACAAUGAUAAUGUGGAGGAGCAGGAGCAGUGGAAUGCUAUGUUUACACAGGAAGAUCGUAAUGAUUACAAACCAAAACCUUCAUUGACUGGUUUCAUUAGCGGCGAUGAUGAUAGUGAUUCUGAUUUGGUCUCUGCAACAACAACAGGUUCAAUUCAAACCUCGAGCAAUUUUGAUAGUUUUGGGAGCUCCAAUCUUUGCACAGACCAAAUCACUGACCUACAAAACUCUCCCAACUCAACAACCAAGUUAGUGCCACUAACUCAAGUGAUGAGCAAAACCAGCCUUGAUGCAUCCAAGGAGAAGUAUGAUGAUGUACAAGGGACUGAGACGGGAGACUAUAAAAUGGAUCAAGAGGCCAUCAACAACAAAAGAGGAAGUUUCUUUUACAUGAAAAUACGAAGCUGCAUCGAGAAAACUCUGCUAUGUUCUUCUAUCCCUGUUAAGCAUGAUUAA